AUGACGUCUGCUGCGGACGCCACUUCUGCUCGUAUUCGGAGGGCUACACAGGCUGAUCUCGAGGAUCUAUCUUUUAUGCUCGCCCGUAGCUUCGCACGAGACACGAGCUAUAACUGGAUCAAGGGCGCUACACAUACCAUCUCAAGUGCCAACACCCAAGAUCCCGGGGAGCUGGAGGCCCUGGAGCAAAUGCGCUUCCUUCAGUGGUCACUUGCUUGCCUGUAUCUGGUCUGUGGCCAGAUCGACUUGGUAGUCGUUACAAUCGAAGGGCGAGAGAAGAUCGUUGCCUGUACGUGCUGGGUCGAACCUGGAAAAGAAACGGACCCGGGCUUUCGUGGCUUGUUCCGCUUGCGCCUGUUCAGAAUUUGGAGGGCCUGGGGGCUUAGACCCUUCAAGCGCAUGGUGCUCGAGUUUGUGCCACAGGUUGAGAAGGUUGAGAAACAAGCGUUCAGCACACGCGGGAAGAAUAUGAAGGAUGCGUGGCACCUCGGUAUCGUCUCCACCGAUCCAGAUCACGAAGGUCAUGGCUACGUCUCCAUGAUGCUGAGAAACCGAUUUGAGACCAUAGGUCCGCACCCAGUCUACCUUGAGGCGAGUAGUCCAAGAUCGCGAGACGUAUACGCGCACUUCGGGUUCCAGCUCAUCGAGCCAGUCCUGCUGGGUGCAGGUAAAGUAGACUCGGAGGGUUUGAUAGCGACUGGCGAGAAGGCCACGGGCGUUCAAAACUUCAUUAUGGUCAAGUGGGAGUGA